CCAAGACGGGCCGGCGAGGCCUCCUCCGGUCUCCAGGAACCGAGCAGAGGCCGGGCGGCCGGUCCCGCGCCGUUUACCGCAGGGCUGCCUCCUCCGAGGUGGAGGAUGUGCUGCGAGAAGUGGAGCCGCGUGGCCGAGAUGUUUCUCUUCAUCGAGGACCUGGAGGAGGACUAUAAAAUCCUUUGCCUCUGCUCCAGGGCGUUCGUGGAAGAUCGAAAAUUGUGCAAUUUGGGAUUAAAAGGCUACUAUAUUAAAGGCAAUGGCAACGAUGCAGGAGACCAGGGCACAGAAGAGGAGGAAGGUGGCACUACAGAAUCACGUGACAGCAAAGGCAUAGGCCUAGAUGAAAGUGAGCUUGACUCUGAGGCUGAACUCAUGAGAAGUAUGGGGCUGCCACUUCAGUUUGGUGGGACGUCUGCACAUAAACAUUUUGAGGUGUCUAUGAAUACUAGAAAUAAAGUUAAAGUUAAAAAGAAAAAGAAAAAGCAUCAAAAGAAGUACUUAGAUGAAAUUAUAAGAGAAUCUUGGAGACAAGAAUAUGUAGAAGAUGACAUUUUGGCUUCAGAUGAUCCAUCUUCUGUUGAACAGUAUGAGAACACCAGAAGAUGUAAACUUCAAACCAAAAAAGACAUUGAAACUGAAAAUCUUCCUGUUGAAAAUACAUUAUCUCCAAAGCUAGAAAUUACAGAGAAAUGGGAAAAGUAUUGGAAUGAAUAUGGUGGAGGACUAUUAUGGCAAAGCUGGCAAGAAAAACAUCCAGAUCAAGCACUAUGUUCUGAACCUUGGAACAUUCCUGAUACAAAGGAAGAAUGGGAACAACAUUAUAGUCAACUUUAUUGGUAUUAUUUGGAACAAUUUCAGUAUUGGGAAGCUCAGGGUUGGACUUUCGAUGCCUCACAAAGCUGUGAUACAGAUACUUGUGGGUCUAAAACAGAAGUUGACAACAAGAAAGGUGAAAAUUGCAUGAAAGCAGGUUUACUUUCCUUUCCAUCUUCAUCAGUUGGUAGCGAAAGCUCUAGUUCAAGUGAUAAAGAUCAUAAUGAGAUACUUGAUGGAAUUAGUAAUAUAAGUUUGAAUUCAGAGGAGGUAGAACAGAGCCGAUUAGAUUCUUCUGUAAGUUGUGAUGGACAUCAGUGGCUAAGUGAAGUUAACAGCAGAAGAGAAUGCCCUGCUUCUGGCCAAAAUGAACCAUGUAAUGGUGGAACCAAGGAAAGCAGCUUGUCUGGGAAUAAUAGAAGCACAAACCAACCGGCUCAGGAUUCACAGGAGUCUUCAGAAGCAAACACGAUCAAAGAAAGACCACAUCCCAGUGGUGUUGAUGGAGAUGAGAGUGAAGAAGAUCCACCUGAACAUAAGCCAGGCAAACUCAAGAGGAGCCAUGAACUGGACAUCGAUGAAAACCCAGAUUCAGACUUUGAUGACAGUGGUUCCCUUCUAGGAUUCCAGCAUGGCUCGGGACAAAAAUAUGGUGGAAUUUCAAACUUCAGUCAGCGACGGGUCAGGUAUCUACAGAAGAAUGUGAAGUAUAAGUCCAAGUUCUUGGACAUGAGAAGGCAAAUAAAUAUGAAAAACAAACACAUCUUCUUUACUGAAGAGUCAGAAAAAAUUAUUUUCAAGAAAAGCAAAACUUUGAGUAAGGUAGAAAAAUUCCUAAAAUGGGUUAAUGAACCAAUGGAUGAGGAAGCAUCGCAGGAGUCCAUUUCUCGUGACAAUGUACAAGACACUUGCACAAGCAGUGAUUCAGAGGAACAAGAAACGUCUGUUAAAAAAGGUGAUGACCCACUGGAGACAAGCCAUCCAGAACCUGAAACGCAUCAAGCCAUCUCUUUAGCUGGUGAACUUGAAACAGGAAAAAAUGAAGGAGACAGCACAGUGGCAGCUGUUCCAGAUAAGGAGGAUCAUGUUACUCAGGACGUACCAGAUUCUCUUCAGGUUGAAACUGAAGCUGAAAUUAAAAAGAAGAAGAAGAAGAAAAAGAAAAACAAAAACAAAAAGGCAAUUGGUCUGCCUCCUGAGAUAGCUGCUGUUCCUGAGCUGGCAAAAUACUGGGCCCAGAGAUACAGGCUCUUCUCCCGUUUUGAUGAUGGGAUUAAAUUGGACAGAGAGGGCUGGUUUUCAGUUACACCUGAGAAGAUCGCUGAGCACAUUGCUGGCCGGGUCAGUCAGUCCUUCAAGUGCGACACUGUAGUAGACGCGUUUUGUGGAGUUGGAGGAAAUACCAUUCAGUUUGCCUUAACAGGGAAGAGAGUGAUUGCCAUUGAUAUUGAUCCUGUUAAGAUUGAUCUUGCUCGCAAUAAUGCGGAAGUUUAUGGGAUAGCAGACAAGAUAGAGUUCAUCUGUGGAGAUUUCCUGCUGCUGGCUUCUCAUUUAAAGGCUGAUGUUGUGUUCCUCAGCCCGCCUUGGGGAGGGCCCGACUACGCUACUGCAGAGACUUUUGACAUUAGGACAAUGAUGUCUCCUGAUGGCUUUGAAAUUUUCAGACUUUCCCAGAAGAUCACUAAUAAUAUUGUUUAUUUUCUUCCAAGAAAUGCUGACAUUGACCAGGUGGCAUCCUUAGCUGGGCCUGGAGGGCAAGUGGAAAUAGAACAGAACUUUCUUAAUAAUAAACUGAAGACAAUCACUGCUUAUUUUGGGGACCUGAUCCGAAGAUCAGCCCCUGAAUCAUCACUGUGAGGUGGUAUAAAGACAAAAAGAUCAUGUAGUGGUCAGAACAUUAUUCAGACGAGACACUGGGAAUCUCUCUUCUGUAUUCACUGACAUUUUGUACCCAUUGUCUUCUAUCACCAUAUGAAAUUGAAACUUACAGGAGAUUAAUGACUGUUAAUGAUGUCCUUUGAGAUCUUGGGAUAAUUUUAGCUAUGUUAGGAUAGUAAGUGUCUGAUAUGGAAAAGGUAGUCUUUCCUCUGUGCUUAACGUCCAUCAGUGUAUGUGUGUGUUAUGUAUGUGCAUGUGGCUGUAUUUUUUUUAAUUUUGUAUGUUUUGGUUUAACACCUUUGUGUGUGUGUGUAAAAAACAAUUAUUGUGUUUUUUUAAUACAGAGAAAUAUAAAGAAAACAGCGAAUGAGUUAAAGUCUAGCCACCCAUUUAACCCCUGCUGAAAUAAAUAAUGUUAUACUUUUAAGGGUAGAAACAUAAACAGUACAGAAUGUACAAAAUGAAAAGUACAAUCUCCCACUGCCUUCCCCUGCCCUUUCUUCAUCUGUCUGAAGAUAACCACAGCCAUCAGUGUUUUAUAAUUCCUUGGGAGGACAGAAAGGAAUUGCAAUGUACCGUGAUACACUUUUUCCCCCUCGUCAUUGCACUCUUCAGUACCCGCUUCCUUUUUUCUUUUACUUAAUGUAUCUUUUUUUUUAAGUAUAUACUUUUUUGCUGGUAUAUCUUGAAGACCUUUCCACAUUAGUGCGUACGUACAGAUCUACCUCAUUCCUUUUAAUGGCCAUCUUGUAUUUCAUCUUCUAGAUACACCAUAAUUAAUUUAACCAGUUCCCUAUUGAUGGACACUGGGCUGUUGGGGGUAUUUUGCAAUUAUCAACUCUUCUGUGCUCUGAUUAGAGUGCGUGUUUCCCUCUACCCUCCCCAGCUCUCCAUCAUCAAGCAUUUUAAUUUUUGCUAUCAUGUGCAAGAAAAAUGGUAUCUGAUUGUUUGUGUUUCCUUAAUUAUGAAUGAGAUUUGAGCAUAUUUCCAUAUAUUGUGGUCUUUUUAAAAUAGUUUUCCCCUUUUAAACUGACUAUUCCUGUCUUGGAUCAAUUUUUCUUUUGGAUUGUUACCUUUUUCUUAUUAAUAUGUAUGAAUUCUUUGUAACUUGAACAUCCCUUUGUCUUUAGUAGGUGUUGCAAAUAUGUUUUUCCAGUUGCUUGUUGGCCUUUAGACUUAUUUUGUAAAGUGAUUUUUUU